GCGCAGCGCGCGCCUGACGCGUCCAUUUCCGCAUUACUUCCUCGGCUUUUUUUUUUAAAGCGACUUUAUGGAUUGGUGGAACAUUUCUUAAAACCACUCGACUACUUUUUAACUUUUUUAUCAUGUUUUAUCAUUCUAAUGGUGCUCCUGAAGAAGAUAUAUAACCACAAGCGUCGAUAACGUGACUAUAUUAUGUUGUGUAUGGUUGGAAACUGAAUUUAGCGGAUUCAGAUAUUGUUAGGCUGGUCCGGCUAGUUAGCAAAGCUAUCACUUGAGCCGGGCGGUGUUUGCGCUGAAUAAAGCCAUGGCAGAUGCCAACAAUGGAGAGAGGACAGACGAAAACGAGUUGAAGGGGGCAACAGGUGGUGAAGAUGUCAUGGAUGAUGUAAUCCUUGAGCAGGGUGCUGUUCUGCUAAGAGGGUAUAUUAUCGAACGAGUUACUGUAGAGGAUCCAUCCAUGCAUGUGAGACAUGAGGAUCUGGGAGGAAGUCCUCAGGAUGGAGAUGAUCCUCAAAUCAAAGAGGUUGUAGGUCAGCUUUUGAAGAUAGCCGAUGACCUUAACAAGAAUGCUGAGCUUCAACAUCUCAUCAGCACUGUUCAAGCAAACUGCGCUCAGGACGUCUUCAUGACGGUGGCCAGGAGCAUUUUUGAGGAUGGCAUCAACUGGGGACGCGUGGUGGCACUGUUUCACCUUGCGUAUAGGCUCAUUUACCAGGACAGGGCUGAGAACCGUGAGAGCAGAGUGAGGCCGGUGGCACAAAUGUUAAUAAGCAGUGCCUGCAUGGCGUACCGGUAUCAAAUUACUCACGGAGAAGUUCGGAAGGAUAAAAAGAGGAGCGACGACAGUGAAGGACGAGAGAGGACCAGUGUUGAACUUUACCAAUGUUAUGAGGCUCUGACUCAGAACCACUUUGAAAUUAUCAAGAGGAUCAUUAGCUGGGUUUUACAGUUUAUCAAGGAAAACAUUUCUGCCUGGAUCAGACAGCAAGGAGGAUGGGAGGGCAUUUUCCGCAGCGUGUCAAGAUGGCGCACCGUGUCUUGCAUCGCUGCGGUGGCGUUCAUUGUAGCUGCUGUUUACUGGAGAAGAACUCGCUAAGAUAAAAGUGAAAAUCACGUGCCAGAUUCUUAAUUCCCACAGAUGCGGAAACUCGUAUCAAAAGCAAUAUAAUAUCUAUGUGGUGCAAUCAAGUGGACCAAUCACGGCUCAUACAGACCAAUCAUGUUUCAUGUAGCCUUGCUACAGUUAAAGACUUAAAUGGAAACAGCCACUGCAAAAGACACUGUAACCUUUUAUUUUGAUUUUUUUUUUUUUUAUUCCCGGUCUGCUGUUGUUCUGUCUAUUGUUUCUAUUUCAGUUGAAUCAAGGACUAUCUUUCGCCUUGAUUUAUUUAUUCAAAGGGAUGUGUUGCUAUGUUCAAAGGUUUCCACUGCACUUUUUCUCCACCAGUGCCUUUUACUCUUUGUAAUAGUUUUUCUGGCUCAGGUAUCAACUUUUUAACGUGCCACAAAGCAUACCAGCCCUACCUCAAAUCAGCUACAUAUGAGACCAACUGUUUACUUUGUUUUUUGUAAUUAUAUCAUUAGGAAAAAUGGGGACAGGGCUGUAAAACAGGUAGAUAGAUUAGGUGUUUUACGCUAAACCUUAACAAAAGUUUCAAAUGCAUUUUAAGUGAUUUAAAUGACUAAAAGGUUUAGCAUUUUAUUGUUGAAAUGCAGUGAAUGUGGACAAUUCUAGCACACCUUGAAAUAAAUAUGAUGAUGAAUUACUGA